AAGAAAAUGGACGCAUGGGCGACAGGUUAUCUUCGAACGUGGCAGUCUGAUUUUGCCGACGAGCCUGAUGCCGAGAUCGCAUUUCACUUCAUAGAAAGUGUCCUGUACGAGUUGCGACGCCUUUCUCAAGAAGGCCCUGCCAAUAGAGAAGCCAUCCACGAAACAGUCUCGAACUCAAUCAUAGCCGCCAUGACUUCUCUGCCAGAUCCCGAAAUAGGGGUGGAAGAUAUCCAAGGUGUCCUCUUCGAGGCAGCUAUAUCCUCCCCUUCUGACCCCUUUUCCUUGGCAAAUAUCACGCGGCAACUGAUAGAUAACCUUCCGGCGCCUUGGAACGAGGAGCUCGAGAAAGGAAUUGCGUUUAAUACACGCGAACGAUGGAACGGGCCUGAUAAACCCGCUGCUGGAACGGGGACAACCAAAUACAUCGGAAAGUGGGUUUCUCUGAACAGCUUUGCUGCGCACCUAACGGCAUUAAAUGCAUCGCUGGGACACUACGGCGUAUGGACGCUGAAUCGCGCAUUCAGCCCAAAUACUGGGGGGUACCGCGAGGAUGAACGGCUGUAUCACGUCCCAGCUGCGGCAGCUUGGAUUGAUAUUUUGGGUGGAGAGAUUUAUCGUUGGUCAGUGCAGGGGGAUAUUCCAGGGGAGAAAUGGGAGCAAUGGAAGAGAGGAUUUGAAGCGGUCUCCCAGUCUUCUGAGGCCUUUGAACCAGGUGCGAGAGAAAAGGCGCAGAUAGCGUUCAAUCGGAUGAGGGAGAUGGAGAAGCCAUCCGGGGGUGAGAUACAGUAG